AUGCAAGGCUCGACAAUUAAAGCUGAUAUAGAAACAAAAGUCACACAAUCUGAAGAACUAUUGAAAGUACGGCUGUUUACUGAAACUUUAGAACGACCACACAAACAAGCAAUAGAAUCUGAUCCUUUCUCUUCUGAACGAUAUCAAGAACAAACACUUUUGCUAAAAGCUGAGAAACGCUUGAAUUAUCCAGAACAAUUGACUCAACGCGUUUCUGGAAUCUCAUAUAAAUUUGGCGUCUUCCCUUUAAUAAACGCCUUUUAUUUUUAUGCAGAUAAUCAUUUUUACUUUUGGGAUUAUGAAAAACCAAUAUCCUCUAAUAAUCCACAAUAUAUUCGCGUCGAAGAUAAAUUUAUACAAAAUGUGGGCGUUUUCAAUGCUAAAUCUGAUUUUUUUGAGGAGCAAGUGAAACAUAUUCUUUUGAUUAUCACCAACGAAAAAGCUAUGAUUUAUGCAUUAUAUCGUGAUAAUGACACUUGGAUGGCAUAUUAUAACCCAAAGGAUAGUCUUUGGGCUCCAACAAAUGGCUCUUCGUAUAGCAACUUAACAGGAACACAAAAAGGACGCGUCUUAAUGAGUCAUAAAGACAAAGUUUAUGAACUAGUUUAUCAGGAGGAAGGUUGGUUCCGAGGAUCUACAAGCAUCAUAACUUUAACAUCAUCCGGCUAUUUUGAUUUUAUUAAAUUUUACGGAUUUUCCGCAGGAAAAGGUCCAUCAAUUUCUUCCAUAGUAGUCGAUGAUACGAGGAAUAUGACAUAUAUAUUGUCCUCAGAUAACACUAUUAAGGCAUAUUACUUGGGAAAGGAUGGUCGCGCAUUUAUUCAAAAAGGGGAAUUUCAUAUUUAUAAAAACUUGGAGACAAAAGUUCAACAAGGCCAAAACCCCAUUUCUAUGGAUGCCGGGAAUUUCAUGUCAAUUCACCCAAUAUUAAAAACAGAGUCCACUUCGACUUGCUUAGUAGCUAUAUCUCAAUUUGGUCAUCGCUGGUAUUUUACUUGUUAUAGUACUUUAGGUUAUCAUUCGCAAUCUGCGUCAUAUGCGGGUUAUCAGACAUCGGCGGUUUUUUCUCCAUUCAUUGACUUUGAAAAUAAGGAACCAGAACUCUUUAAAUUACUGUUUGUUCUUUAUCCACCGCCACAUCCAAUUUCAUCCGCUGGAUAUUCAAAAAUAGAAAUGGCUAGAUAUCACAAUGGACUUUUUUUUGCACAACUUACAGAUGCAGAAAGGGCAAAGCUUCUCUUAACUUGGCCUAACUUUGGUGCAAUAUUCUCAGAAAUUAGUAAAACUCCAGCCACUACUGCUGGUUAUAGCAGACAAUCCAAAUAUUUCGAGCAUUACAAUCAAACUGAAGUCAUUUCACGAACAUUACUUGAUAUUGCCGAAAUAUAUAAUCCACAGCACGACCCAAUAACUCAUAACGAUUAUACAAAUGAACUAAUUAACCAGUUUUCGGCACCUCAUCGAAAGUUUAUAUUUGUUUCAGAUGAAGCGCUGACCAUUGUAUCAAAGUUACGGCCUGUGGAUCAUCUAACGGAUAUAUUAGAGAAGUAUCGGCCUGAGAUGCCAGAGCCCAAUAAAUUUCUUCAAAACUAUGGCGAUGUUGAAACUGCCGCCAUGUGUUUUGAAAUUGCAACACGCGAAAGCCAUGAUUUUCUUCUUUAUUUCCGUAAGGAGCCCAAAACUACUACAAAUACUACUGGUCUUCAAAGUAUAAAACGAACCCCUGCCUAUUUGGAAGAAAAACGUUCUAAAGCUUAG